AUGGUGACGGCGUUCCGCAGCGACGACCCGACCGUCCUCCCCACGCGCCGGCCGGCCGCGAGGGCGCGCUGGUGGCGGCGUCGGCGUCGGCUGCUCAGGCGUCGCGGCGCGCCGUGCCUCCAGUCGGCCGAGCGUCGCGUCGCGAGCCGCAGCCGCCGCCGCCGCCGCCGCAGCAGCAGCAGCAGCAGACACGGCAGCAGCCGCCGCACCGCCUGCCACCUCGCGGCGCCGCCGCCAACUAGCGAGCGCCGCGGCGCACGAGCAGCGCGGCCGCCGGCGAAUCGCGCCGGGCGCCGCGGCCGCCGCGCGCUGACGACCGACCGAACGCCACGAGCGUCGCCUGGCCCCGGCCGGCUGCCUGGCCGACCACUGUGCCCUUACGUGACGCGCCGUGACGACUCGCGGCCGCGCGCCGCCGCAACACCUUCUGGCAUGACUAGUCGCGCACGCCCGCUGUCGCUGUCCCUGUCGCUGCCGCCGCCGCCGUGCUGCUACUCGUCAGUGCGCCGGUGA